AGGCCGCGACGACCGCAUCAGAGCUGACGUGGGCGCGACGUGGGGCCGCCGCCGCUGGGUUGCCUGGGCGGCGGCCGCCGAGCUCUGCGUCCCCACCCUCCUCCCGUCCGUAAUCAGUGACGAGGUCCGCUACGUAAAACCCUUCGCGGCUGGAUAAAUAAAGAAGAAAGCAGGGAAGCAAAGCAUUGAUUACACAUGUAAUAAUAAUGAGCAGAUGUGGCAGGAAAAAGUAUAUGAGGACAAAUGUAAGGCAAAUGACCAUGGAAACAGUUGAAUCACAGCAGGAUGGAAGUGUAACACAUUCUGUGGCAGAGCACAGCUCUGUUCAUAUGCAGAGUGGCCAAAUUUCUGUUCCUACUCUAGCUCAGGUUUCUGUAGCUGGAUCAGGCACUGGAAGAGGCUCCCCAGCUGUGACUCUAGUACAGUUACCUUCAGGCCAAACUGUACAGGUCCAGGGAGUAAUUCAGACACCACAUCCAUCGGUUAUUCAGUCACCACAAAUACAAACCGUUCAGGUAGCAACAAUUGCAGAGACAGAUGAUUCUGCAGAAUCAGAAGUAAUUGAUUCUCAUAAACGUAGAGAAAUUCUUUCACGAAGACCCUCAUAUAGAAAAAUACUGAAUGAACUUUCCUCUGAUGUGCCUGGUAUUCCCAAGAUUGAAGAAGAAAAAUCAGAGGAAGAAGGAACACCACCUAACAUUGCUACCAUGGCAGUACCAACUAGCAUAUAUCAGACUAGCACGGGGCAAUACAUUGCUAUAGCGCAAGGUGGAACAAUCCAGAUAUCUAACCCAGGAUCUGAUGGUGUUCAGGGACUCCAGGCAUUAACAAUGACAAAUUCAGGAGCUCCUCCGCCAGGUGCUACAAUUGUACAGUAUGCGGCACAAUCAGCUGAUGGCACACAGCAAUUCUUUGUGCCAGGCAGCCAGGUUGUUGUUCAAGAUGAGGAGACUGACCUUGCCCCAAGUCACAUGGCUGCUGCCACAGGUGACAUGCCGACUUACCAGAUCCGGGCUCCUACUACUGCUUUGCCACAAGGUGUGGUGAUGGCUGCCUCACCAGGAAGUCUGCACAGUCCCCAGCAACUAGCAGAAGAAGCAACUCGUAAGAGGGAGCUGAGGCUGAUGAAAAACAGGGAAGCUGCUCGGGAGUGUCGCAGGAAGAAGAAAGAAUAUGUCAAAUGUCUUGAAAACCGUGUGGCUGUGCUUGAAAACCAAAACAAGACCCUCAUUGAGGAACUCAAGGCCCUCAAAGAUCUUUAUUGCCAUAAAGCAGAGUGACUGUGUUUGACUUGGACCUUGUUUACCGUGAGCUCUAACCGAGGCAGGCGAUGCAGCGUCCUCGUGGCGGCCAUGUGGACUUGUAGAUGGGUCACUUAACCCUUGCUUAAGAAUCCAAUCUGGUUUAGGGAGUGAUUGGGAAUACUGUUCCUCGGGCUGCACUGCAGCUCCCUCACAUUGCCACGCUUGCUCUAGUGUCCAUAGCACGCAACAUAUGUUUGUUUGCCCUUCUGCUUCUACUCUUUCCAGGGAAGCUGCUAAAGAGUGUCGACGCCGAAAGAAGGAGUACGUGAAGUGUCUGGAGAGCCGGGUCGCAGUGCUGGAAGUUCAGAACAAGAAGCUCAUAGAGGAGCUUGAGACCUUGAAAGACAUUUGCUCUCCCAAAACAGAUU